AUGAGGUCCAUCGAGGAAGCCAGCAAUGCAAUGGCUUUAAAUGGAAUUAUUUUUCAAGAUGCACCAGUUAAAGUCGAGAGACCUACUGAUUAUAAUCCUUCUCUAGCUGCUGCCCUAGGUCCAAGCCAACCUAACCCAAACCUUAAUUUGAGGGCAGUCGGCCUAUCACCUAGAUCUGCUGGGGGACUUGAUGGUCCUUAUCAGAUUUUUAUUGGUGGAGUUCCUUAUUACUUUACUGAAACACAGAUUAGAGAGCUUUUAGAGACUUUUGGUCCUUUUCGGGGUUUCGAUCUAGCGAAAGAUAGAGAAACAUGGAAUUCAAAGGGUUAUGCAUUUUGUGUUUAUCAAGAUAUUUCCGUUACAGAUAUUGCUUGUGCAGCUCUCAAUGGAAUAAAAAUGGGUAAUUUGGUGAAUGUGGUGAUUCCUCGCCCACGACCCCAUGGUGAACUAUGCCCUGGAGUUGGAUUCUUCUGA